UUAUGGCUGCAACCAUAAACAGACAGGUACAGUAGGCCUAUCUGUGGAUAUUUCCAAGCCAAGGAAUUCUUCGAGCGAUAAGACCGCAAUGUUCAGAAAUGAAGAUCGAGAGCAGUUAAGGGGGCACAUGCUGCGGACAGUCUUAAGCGUGAAACAGGAAUUUUAAGAAAAAUGAGUCUCGUCACCUCAGCUGGCGCUGAAACACGUGCAGCAGAGGGCGUGAGGGUGUGGACUGACCAGCAACACAGUGUCACCGUCCAGGGCCAAACUCAAAAGGUUGGAGGUCGCAAUGAUCAGAGGACACUCGGCUGCUGUCUGGAGGUGAAAAAAUAUGGCAUGGUGAUGCAGGUUGUCGGAAUCACAUGCAGCCACUGGUCAAUUGGCCAGCGUUGUUUUAUUCGGCACCAAGAGAGAGACAUCGAUAUUGGUGUUGUUACCGGCAGAUGUGCUGAGUGGACCGUUAUAAGUCUUACCGAUUCCUUUCUGGAUAUCUUGGAUGCAGGGCUGUGGUUUGGUAACGUUACGGAGGCCUUGGCAGGAGGAUGGGGCGGCGUACGACGAAAACUUCCAGUUGGUAGCAUAGUGAAUGUGAUGAAACAAGAUAACGUCGUGACGGCAAAAGUGACACAACACCACGAUAGAUUUUUUAACGUCUCCUGCGCUUCUACGGCUCAUUUCACAGAACACGACUGCGGCAGUAUUGUUGCAGUAAACAGCGUUUUAUGCGGUGUGGUUGUACAUGCCCCUAGUGACCAGGAAGCAGAAGUGGCCCAUUUCACCGCUGUCCUGUCCAAAGUUAAGUCUGAUCUGUGGUCACACUCAGAUUUCACCGUGGAACUGGCAACAGGAGCAACACGUCUUAAUGCUGAAAUUAAACCUGUGCUUGAAGUCGACAUGGCGGAAUUGGACAUGGCGGAAUUGGUGAAUCAUGCAGAUUGUUGCCAGGAAAGAAGUGCCCAGUUGCCUGCUGAUUCCACUUCGUACCAGCCACCUCCAGUUUCGUCUUCUGAUGAGACCGCAGAGAAGUGUUUUAAGCAGCUACUUUUAAAGGGCACGAGAAAGGAGAAACAAAUCAGACUAAUGGUCGUUGGUCCUCCGAAAGUUGGCAAAACACAUAUUAUAAGACAACUUUUUGGUCAGCAGUAUGAUCCGGAGGGAGACAAAAACACCAAUGGAGUUGUGGUCAACUUCGGCGCUUGCGUCAUCAAUGAAGAAUCUGCAGUAACUUGGAAAGCUAAAUCAGAGGAAGAACACGCAGUCACACAAGCUAGGUUGGUUGCGAAAAAAAUGAUUUCUGUUGAGGCGAAAGAGAAAGUGGCAACUGAAUGGGAAGAAAUAUUGAUUUGUCCCAAGUGCCCGACUGUGGUUGAGCCAGGUUUGAAAGUGUGUGAAAAUUGCAGUACACCUAUUGCAAGGAAAAUGCCGGAGGUGGCGGAUGAAUCAAGUAUCCAAGUAGACCGUGAGGACUGUAAUAAGCUGGAAGACGGUAUCGCUGAUGAUGACGUUUAUGCAGUGGUGUAUGAACAAUACAAGUCGAAAAUAAACUCUAAACCAUGCUCCAACUGGAUGCUAAGCAACUGGUUUAGUCUAAGAGAGGGUGGCAGCAGCCACGUUUCCGGUACCGAAAAAGACACGAUCAGAUUAUCAGUUUGGGAUUUGGGUGGUCAGCAUGUCAACUGCAGUAUCAACCAAAUAAUCCUCACUGGUAGGGCUAUUUAUUUACUGGUCGUUGACUUGACCAAGGGGCUUGACCAGCCAAUGAAUAUUGAGGAAACGGGUAUGUGUGGCAAGGACCGAGCUGUGGUAGGGGUUCCACGGACCCUUGGUGGUUUUCUGGAAUUCUGGAUGAGGUCAAUCCAUCAAAAUUCUGUUGGUAAGGGGAGUCUCCCUGAAGAAGCAAAAGAUAAUGACAGACUUUGUCCUUCUAUCAUCAUAGUUGGAACUCAUAAAGACAAGGUUACCCAAUCUACAAAAGAUGAGCGCUUAAAUGAAAUCCGCAAGUAUCUUGAAACAAAACCACAUUACGAUCAAAUACACGGAGUCUUCUUUGCGGUCGACAACACUGAUAUGGACGAUCCCGCCUUACAGGAUAUUAGACAAGCUAUAGAGGAGAUAGCUAAACAACAGACAUAUUGGGGUAAAAAAAGACCAAUUCGCUGGGUGCUUCUCGAAGAAAAGUUGCGUACCAUAUCCAAGGAAUGUCCAUAUGUGCAUUUUAGUGAAGCUGAAAGCCAUGCCAAAAAGUAUAAUAUCAGCAAAGACGAACUGUACAUUUGUUUGUCCUAUUUUCAUGAAAUCGGUGUGUUCCCAUUUUAUGAUCAUGGAAAGUUGGGGGCUAUAGUCAUUUUGGACCCGCAGUGGCUGUUCAACGCCAUCAAAACUGUACUCACUCUACCACAUUGCGAAUACAUUAAGCGUCAUUCUCAGACAAAAUCUUAUUUGAAAGAAAAGGCUAUACUGAGAGAGAAGUUCGUGAACCUUGCUUGGAAAAAUGACGACAGACUACUGGAGAAUAAGAACCUGUUGCUUAAACUAAUGCAGCGUUAUGAUCUUGCCUAUCUGUACACACCCAGAAAUCUAGACCUUGCGCCUCCAUGUGCUCUGGGGGAGAGACUGUUUUUGAUCCCAAGUCUUCUUAAGGUAGCCGAACCGAAGGAUUUCAUUCUCGCCGAUAACGCUGUUAUCAAGCCCAUUUAUAUUCAGUCCAAGUAUGACUUCAUACCCCAAGGACUAUUCCUCCGUCUUCUCGUGGGUAUGCAUAAAAAAAUGUUUCUCCAAAGUAACCUUCUAUUUGGCGAUUAUGCAUGCUUCCGGAUUCAAGCACCAAAUUCCAACAGUGCCACAGGAAGAGCCUCGGCCCACGUGCUUGAGAUGAAGUAUGACGAAUAUAGAAUUAAACUGAAAGUAGGGACAUUGUCCCCCGGCGAGAAAUUAUAUACGCCCUGCAAAUCAGCUCUGUAUGCUAGGAACAUUGUUGUACAAAAAUUUGAAGGGCUUAGACGUAAGCACUACCCUCAUCUGGAAUGGGACUUCGUGAUUGAGCUAAAUUCGUCUGGGGAAAGUGUUUUCGUACCCAUAGAUGAAGACAAUGUACUCCAACAAGGUUACUUAAUUUAUCAAGGACAAAGACAGACGGUCAAUACGAGUCUUUACUCGAUUUGGUUUCAGAGAGAAGAUGAAAAAUGUCAGGUGUUUCCAAAGAAAGAAGAAAAGGAACAAGAAAGUAAAAAUCAGGCUACAUUAAAAGCUGCACCUGUGAAAGGCUCAUCCACCCCUUACACAUGUAUAGGAUUGGAAGAAUGUGAAGAAGUUGAAGUUCCACCUUGCAAAGAAGACGUAUUGACUUUUGAUAGCCUAACGGUCUAUGACUGUUUAACAGAGAAUAGAGGAAGGGCUGUGAUUAUAAACAAUGUCAACUUUUACACUGAUGAUAACCCCAAGUAUGAAGAUAGAUACGGAACAGAGAUAGAUGUACAACGUUUGACUAAACUGUUCGAAAAACUACAUUACCUUGUUACAACAUAUACAAAUCGACCAGCUUGGAAAAUAAAUAAAAUUGCCUUGGACGAAGGCCAAUACGACCAUGGGAAGUAUUCUUCUUUUAUAAUGGUGAUACUGAGCCAUGGGUCUAAGAACACAGUUAUUGGUUCGGAUGGCGCACACAUUACAUAUGAUCAAAUACGACAGCCAUUCACCACCACUAAUUGCCCGUCCUUGAAGGGAAAACCGAAGAUGUUUUUUAUUUCCGCAUGCCAAAGCGACCAGAGUGCCAGCGGCUCACCCGAAGAUGAAGCACAAGGCUCAUCUCAGUCCACCAGAUUGAAUGCUCCCUCAGUUUCUGGCGCCAGCGGAGAUCCACCAGAUGAUGCUGACAUGAUACUGGCAACGGCCACCACCCCAGGCAAAGUGUCAUGGCGGUCCACUGAAACGGGUACCAGAUUCGUCAAAAGUCUCGUGAAAGUAUUCUCAGCCAAGGCAUGCGAGGAAGACCUGGCAUCCAUGUUGACUCAGGUUAACAAUGAGGUCGCCAGCAUGACUUCUGGUGGGCGGAGUCAAGUUUCUAACAUACAGUUGAACACUCUGAGAAAAAAACUGUUUUUUUGUCCUGGAUACUAUAUGCAGGAUGGGGAGUUGAAACAGUAUAAAUAGAGUAAUAAAAAAACCUUUAAAAAAACUUUGGGUAAAGAGAAGUUUGGAUAAGAGUUUUGGACACGGUGACAAGCAGCAGGGGCGGCUCCAGAGUUAUUUUCUGACAGUCUUCCUUUUGAUGGUCCAUCCUCCAUUUUUGACAGUCUUCCGACAGAAAAAAAU